AGACGAAGAAGAAAAAGCAUCGGGAGUAGUCAAGAGCAAGUAAUCCAAAGCAUGUAAACAGAGGAGUUGUUUCCGUCUGUCCGCAAACAACCCGCUUUUGUUCAAUCGCGUGUUUUUCUAUACUCUAGCUGUGUAUGGUAAGAGUCUCAUGAGAAUAUAUUGCGUUAGUCACCAAAAGCCGUACUUGGUGUAAGAGAGUGAGAGUGAAGCGCAUCCGGUGCUGAUCGACAACAAAUGCUGCGCGCGCGGGACGACACCAGGAAGUCACAGAUAUUCAGCCCGGGACUAAUGAUGAUUAAACAAUCAGCUUUAUUGGUAAUUGACUCCGGUUACGCGGACGCUCUCGUACAUAGGCCUACAUGUAAUAUACAAAUAACAAGAUGAAUAUAAAAAGUACAUUAAAGACAACAGAGGAGCAGCAUUAACAUUUAACAAUGACAUUCAAUCAUGGCAGAGGAACCAGCAGCAGAAAUCCAACUACUCAGAAGCCUGAAGGUCAAGCUGAUUGAAAUUCUAAGCGCAGAUGCCGAUUUUGUCCUGCAGCAUGCAGACUCUCGCUGUUUGAUGUCUGUUCCCGGCUACCAAAAGGUAAAAUCUUGCCGUGUCCCUAGUGAGAAGAUGACAGACCUGCUGGAUCACAUCAUCCAGAGGGGGCCUGAAGCAGCGCGGGGCCUACUGGAACUGCUGAAAGACCAGGCCCUGCAGGAAACCUUCCCAAUGCUCCGCUUUAUUAAGGAUGUGCAAGUCAACACACUGUCUUCUGGGAAGAGCAACCCAUCAAGAAAGAUUGGACCAUCUCCUGACUUACAAGAGAGCAUUCUAUCCAAACAGAUCUGCACCAAAGGCCCUAGCUUAGUGAAGGAGAAGCAGCUGAUGGUCGUGGCUCGUGCCAUUGGCAGAUCUUGGAGGGAGAUAGGCAGACUGGCUCUGGACAUCCCCUCUGUGAAGCUGGAGCAGAUUGAAGAAGACCAUAUGCUCCAUGUGGAGCGAGUGUUUGCCAUGCUGGGUCUCUGGAGGACCAGCCAGAGGGAAAAAGCCACUGCUGCUCACCUGCACUCACUGCUCAGUCAGAAAGAUUGUGCGCUGCCACCUGAAAGCAUUGACUCGCUGUUGGAGGACUGACUGAGGCCUUCACUGUCUGGCACUGGCUGAGAAUGCAGCCCUGUUUUAACUCAGGAUGAGUGUGUGUCUCUAGACUCAUUCCAUAUAAGGAAAAAACACACUUGAAGACUUUCGUACUUUAUGGGAAAAAGGAGUGCAUUGGUCGUGUUGGGUUAUGAGUGAACACUUUCGUUUUACUAUCACGUCCUUACUUUUUUAGAAGUAGCAAAUAUUUGAUAUUUGUGCUUUAAUAACGACUAAAACCAUAAUUUAGAUAUUCAAAUAGUUGCACAUAAUUUUCUGUCAAUCAAUUAAUAAACUACUUUUUGCAGUUGUACAUCAGGUGAUGACUCAUUAUGGAAAUAUUUGUGCAGAAUUAUAAAAUUUUACCUGAAUUAUUUAUAAGUCGAUCGUCCAAGAUAAUAAUCUCCAACUAUUUUGAUAAAAGGUAAUUCUGUCAUUUUCUUGUCCCAAAUUAAUUUGUUCCAUCUUCUUAAUUGUGUAGAUUGUUUUAUACAUUUAAAAUGUUUGAGUUUUGGACAAAACAAGACAUUUGAAUAUGUCACCUUGGGCGGAAGGAAAUUUGUCAAAGAAAUGUCCGAAAUGAUUCAUCGUUUAAUCGAGACAGUAAUCUGCAGAUUAAUUGAUAAUGAAAAUAAUCAGAGGUUUCAGUCCUACACACAUGUUGUAAAAUGAAGGCUAUGUAGACGUUUUGUCAGAUUCAUUUCCUCUUACUGUCCACUUCAAUCCUUUACACUGUUUGCACCUCCUUCACCUCCUUCAGUCUCCACCAGCGCUCCUCUGGACGUAUCUGUGGAGGAUGUGCACAUAAAUCUUACAGGUGCGGAUAAUACAUUUCAUUAGCUGUAAAUCAUGCUCACACUUGUCCACACAUCGUAAUCUAAAAAAAAUCUAAAGGUGUUCAUUAAAAAAUCUAACUGCUGCUGGAACAAAAGACCUUCUGAGUCGUUCAGUAGAACACUGAGGCAUCCUGAAGGAAAAAACACACUUGAAGACUUUCGUACUUUAUGGAAAAAAAAUGAGUGCCAUUUAGUUCAAGGCCUUUUGUUCAAGGUUCUUCAUAUACAGGGUAUACUGUAUAUAGCAUGUCAUUCUGAUUGUUCAUACUGUAAAUAUAUGACUAUGCCAAAUUACGGGACUAAGGCUAGAGGGUAUCUGGCCGAUUCUAAAGCCUGGAGAUAUUAUGUUAAGGUCAAUGAUCUUCUUUCUCCUUUUCUAUAACAGCUUUUAUGACAAUAACAUAAAAAUAAACUGAGUUUUGUUUUC